UUUACUUUCACCAAAUUUUAUGCCAGCAUUAUAUGACAGUACGAAGAAACAAUGAGAACAGACCAAGAUGAUCUUGUAUUUACAACAAGCAGAUCAGGAUGGAUAUCCAGUUGGCUGCCCUCCUGGUGGUCCACCUCUCCCGCUCAUCUUAAAAAAGCAGAAGACAGAAUUCUGAAACCAAUCAAAGACAAGUAUACACAAGGAUAUGUUCCCAUAUCUGAAGGGAAUUACAUUCGGACUCUGGUAUUCAAUGAAAAAAAGAGCUUGUGUGACAACACAGAUGUCCCAGCCCCUGAUAUGCAAAUCCCACUGGUGUUACUGCAUGGUUUUGGAGCUGGGGUUGGUCUCUGGGUUAAAAACCUGCCUGUCAUUGCAAAAGAUAAAAGACCUGUAUACGCACUGGACCUGUUGGGUUUUGGACGCAGUAGUCGACCAGUCUUUGGCAGUGAUGCCCAGGAGGCAGAGGACCAGUUUGUCCAGUCACUUGAGGAUUGGAGAGAGGCAGUAGGGUUGGAAUACAUGAUUCUGCUUGGCCAUGAUUUUGGAUGUUAUGUGUCUACUGCAUAUGCCCUGAAAUAUCCUAACAGAGUGAAGCACUUGGUGUUGGUGGAACCGUGGGGGUUUACAGCUAAACCAAAUGUUCAGGAGCGCUGGGUUCCUAUUUGGAUUAAAGCCAUUGGUGCUGUGUUGAACCCAAUAAACCCUCUUACCAUUCUCAGGCUGGCAGGCCCACUGGGUUCGUCUUUGAUACAGGCCAUGCGAUCGGAUUUAAAGCAGAAAUAUGCUUCUCUAUUUGAAGAUGAUACAGUGGCUGAUUAUAUAUACCAUGUGAAUGCACAGACGCCCAGUGGAGAGAGAGCAUUUAAAAACAUGACAAUCCCGUACACCUGGCCCCAACGCCCCAUGAUGGAGCGCGCAGGGAUGAUCAGUCCCUCGCUUCCUAUGACUUUUAUCUACGGAUCACGUUCCAACAUCGACGGCCAAUCAGGAAAAGCCAUGCAAGAAAUCAGGCCCAACUCGGACACAGAAAUAAUAGUCAUUCAGGGUGCAGGUCACUAUGUAUUUGCAGACCAAUCAGAAGACUUUAGCCAGGCUGUGCUCAAAAUAUGUAACAAUGUCAGGGACAUGAUGGAUGGUAAAGAAGAUGAGAACAACCCGGAUCUCAACCGAAGACAAUGAGAAC